AUGGGUUUGGAGAAGAAAACGGCAAUGCUGGAAGAUUUGAUAGAGAAAUGCGGCGGUUGUGCGGUGCUCGACGGCGGUUUCGCAACCCAGCUCGAGAUUCACGGCGCCGCCAUUAACGACCCUUUGUGGAGUGCCGUUUCUCUCAUCAGAGAUCCUGAACUCAUCAAGCGGGUUCACAUGGAAUAUUUGGAGGCUGGUGCAGACAUUGUGGUUACUUCAUCUUAUCAGGCUACUAUCCCAGGGUUUGUUUCAAGAGGAUUAUCCAUGGAAGAGAGCGAGUCUCUGCUACAGAAGAGCGUGAAACUAACCGUUGAAGCUCGUGAUAAAUUCUGGGACAAAGUGAGCAAAGUUUCAGGACAUAGCUACAACAGAGCUCUUGUAGCUGCUUCUAUUGGAAGCUAUGGAGCUUAUCUCGCUGAUGGCUCUGAAUACAGUGGAAACUAUGGAGAGAACGUAGAUUUGGAUAAGCUAAAAGACUUCCACAGGAGAAGACUUCAGGUCCUAGUGGAAGCUGGUCCUGAUCUUCUUGCUUUCGAAACCAUACCUAACAAACUCGAGGCUCAGGCGUGCGUUGAGCUUUUGGAGGAAGAGAAUGUGCAGAUCCCGGCAUGGAUCUGCUUCACAUCUGUAGAUGGUGAGAAAGCUGCAUCAGGAGAGAGCUUUGAAGAAUGUCUCGAAGCUCUUAACAAAAGCAACAAUGUUUACGCGGUUGGUAUAAACUGUGCACCUCCUCAAUUCAUCGAAAGCCUGAUUCGUAAAUUCUCAGAGCUGACCAAGAAAGCAAUCGUUGUUUACCCUAAUAGUGGAGAGGUUUGGGACGGAAAAGCGAAGAAAUGGCUGCCAUCGCAGUGCUUUGGGGAUGAUGAGUUUGAGAUGUUUGCAACGAAAUGGCGUGACCUUGGAGCUAAGCUGAUAGGAGGAUGUUGCAGGACUACACCUUCCACUAUUAGAGCGAUCUGCAGGGAUUUGAAACGGAGAUGA